AUCAUACGCAUUAAAGAAAUAUCGACUCUCACCCAUAUCUGAAUCUGAAUAUAUCACAGCGAAACCUUAUCCAUUCUCUCGUAGCUUCAUCGUUUUCUUCCGUCAAUAUAUAGGCGCCGUGGUCUCUCUCUUACUCAUUGCCGAAAGAGUUGGAAGUGUUUCGUUCUCUUAUCUCUGCUUAUGUUUUCGUUCAUGGAUGUUCCUGGUUCUCAUGAGAAGGAAACGGAAAUGUCUUCAAAUACGUUUGGUCAGGAGAAAAUAUUUCGAGAUGAAUUAGAACGAUUGAGGAAGGAGAAUGAAACUCUCAAAGUCAUGGUUGAAGUCAUUGGGAGCAAAAGCAGCAUCCUUGAAACCCAUCUCCGGGAAAGCCAUUGUCCUCCAUAUCAUCACGACUCCAACAAGAGAGCAAGGAUUGAAGAAUUCCCUUUCACUAAAUCGUCUAAGAUCUUUGUCAAAGUGGACGAGGAGGACAAGAGCUUUGUAGUGAGAGAUGGAUAUCAAUGGAAAAAACAUGGACAGAAGGUCACGAAGGAUAAUCCGUCCCCUCGAGCUUAUUAUCGGUGCUCCGUGGCUCUGGGGUGCCCUGUCAAGAAGAAGGUCCAAAGGAGCGCAGAAGACAGGACUCUUCUUGUUGCGACCUAUGAAGGACUACACAACCACGGGACCGUCGAUGUCCCCAACAGCGAUCACCUUCCUUUACGCUCAGACCAUUCACCAAGAGGUCAGCCAGUGAAUCGCGAUCUUACACUAAUGCCAACGAUGUCGCCAAGCUCCAUACAACUGCCUAUCACUCUCGAUCUCAGUCUCUCCAGAAGCAGUUUACCUCCGGACCCCAAGCCCUCUUAUCUAAGCAAGAAUCUCAGCUUUGGCAAUAGAAGCAGCGAUUGCGCCAAGAUCGAAGAAUAUGCAGCUUCUUUAGUUAGAGACCCCAAGUUCACUGAAGCUUUAGCUCUUACAGUUGCCCGUACGCUAAACAACUGAGUUGGAUGAUGUGGUGAUUCCAACAAAUUCAUUAGAAGCAUCAUUUUCUUCUUGUUGGUAGAACUUACUAGAUAAAGUCCGAGUACAUUCCGUUGUCAAGUAGCUUUGAUUUCUAUUUAAGUUAUGAUGGAUCAAAUAGUUCAGGCAUCGCUGUUCUGCAGGUACUUCUUAUGGUAUGUACUGUUCUUCUGGAUCUAGCUUCCAGAUGAUACAAUAGAUUCUACGUUUCCUUUUGC